UGGGGGGUUUAUUUUCGAAAGAAAAAGAACACGAAUGUGGGAGUGUUUGUUUGAACUUUGUUUGUCGCUGGAUGUAGAUUGUCUUGUUGUGACUGUGAAUCUGUGAUGCAAACAGAAAAUGACUUCUGGAGAAGAAACUCAGUUUACAUUUGUCUGCUAGGAACAUGUCGAGGGGAUAACUGAAAGAGUUCAGAGAUUGUAGGAAUUUGCUGCAGGUGGUCAGCAAGUACCGACUUCAUUUGGAAAUCAAAAUCGUUAAUUUAGCCGAGAGGCUUUCGUGUGCUUCUGGAGGUGUAAUUGGCCAAUUUGUUGAGGGGUCUGUUAUGCUACAUCAAGCAGAGCUGUAGUGAUUGGGAUCAGUAAUGCAGAGCAUAGUCUCUCAUUGAGAAUAUCCCUGCAGCUCGUCCAAACCUCCAUUUGAUUCUUCUUGUAGUGCCAUGGCAAGAGUAUCACCCCUUUUGAUGCAUUUGAUUCUUUUUGUCAUUCUAUUUUCAGUCAGUCAUGCCAAAGGCAAUUCAUCCUCCGAAGCUGUCACCCUUCUCAGAAUUCAGCGACUUUUAAACCUUCCUGCUGUUUUCAGUAGAUCAUAUAAAUAUUCAAAUUUUUGCAACAUUGAACCAAGUUUGUCUUUCACAAUCAUAUGCUAUGAAGGAAAAAUAACCCAGCUGCAUAUAAUUGGUGAAAAAAAUGCUCCUCUCUUGCCAAAAAACUUCUCAAUGAACCUGUUUGUCACGACUCUUGUCAGACUUCCUAGCUUGAAGGUCCUCACAUUGGUCUCUCUUGGUUUAUGGGGACCUUUGCCUGGUAAAAUCUCAAAAUUAUCAGCAUUGGAAAUACUUAAUGUUACUUCAAAUUUCCUUUAUGGUGUCAUCCCUCAAGAGCUUUCAUCACUGUCAAACCUGCAAACAAUUGUUCUUGAUGAUAACAUGUUUUCUGGACCACUUCAAGAUUGGAUGAGUUCAUUCCCUCUUCUGGCUGUUUUUAGUGCAAAGAAGAAUUUGUUGAAUGCAUCUUUGCCCAACACAUUGAGUGGUUUGGAAAGUCUUCGAGUUCUUGGGCUUUCUCAUAACCACUUGUUUGGGGAAGUUCCUGAUCUUAGUGGUUUGACAAAUCUUCAAGUUCUUGAAUUGGAUGAUAAUGCUUUUGGUCCUCAGUUUCCUAAACUUGGCAAGAAGUUGGUGACCCUUGUACUCAGUAAGAACAAAUUUAGGUCUGGCAUACCUGCUGAAGUGAGCUCCUAUUAUCAGUUAGAACGGCUUGAUAUUUCUUGCAAUAUGUUUGUCGGGCCAUUUCCACCAACAUUGCUAUCUCUACCUUCCAUAACCUAUCUUAAUGUUUCACAAAACAAACUCACAGGAAUGCUUUUUGAAAAUUUGUCUUGCAAUGCUGAGCUUCAAUCUGUUGAUUUGUCCUCAAAUCUGCUGGCUGGAAGCUUACCUACAUGUCUUCUGUCGGAUUCUAAGGACAAUGUUGUCUUGUAUGCUAGGAAUUGUUUAUCAGUUGGAAAUCAGAGUCAACAUCCACUUCCAUAUUGCCGCAAUGAAGCAUUAGCGGUUGGAAUCAUCCCAGAGAGAAGCAAGCAAAAAAGAGCUUCUAAAUCAAUUCUUGCAUUAGGUAUAGUUGGUGGGAUUUUUGGAGGAGUUGUACUUGUCAGCCUAAUUUUUGUUGCACAUAGAAGAAUGAAUACCAACAAAGUAAUGAAGAAGUCUCCAACAAGAUCAAUAACAGAAAAUGCAUCAAGUGGAUAUACCUCAAAGUUACUAUCUGAUGCAAGAUAUAUAUCGCAAACAAUGAAGCUGGGAGCGCUUGGCCUACCAAGUUAUCGAACAUUUUCAUUAGAUGAACUUGAGGAAGCAACAAACAAUUUUGAUACAUCAACAUUUAUGGGUGAAGGCUCGCAUGGGCAGAUGUACAGAGGCCAGUUAAAGGAUGGCUCUUUUGUAGCCAUCAGAUGCUUAAAACUGAAAACAACUCACAGUACUCAAAACUUCAUGCACCAUAUAGAGCACAUUUUGAAACUAAGGCAUCGUCAUUUGGUCAGUGCUCUUGGACACUGCUAUGAGUGUUACCUGGAUGAUUCUAGUGUCAGCAGAAUAUUUCUUGUUUUCGAAUAUGUACCAAAUGGCACACUAAGAAGCUGGAUCUCUGAGGGACAUCCCAGACGUUCACUUACUUGGACUCAACGUAUCUUAGCUGCAAUAGGCAUAGCAAACGGCAUUCAGUUUUUGCAGACAGGGAUCAUCCCUGGUCUAUAUUCAAAUAACCUUAAAAUAACAGAUGUUUUACUGGAUCAGAAUCUUGUUGCAAAGAUUAGCAGUUAUAACCUUCCGCUCCUAGAAGAAACUAUUGAGCAGGUUGGUCAAGGAGUUUCUUCAGGUGCAUCCACAAGUUCCCAUGGUCGUGCAAGGAUGAAACAUGGUGCAACUGAUGUUCAUGAUUUUGGAGUAAUAGUGCUGGAAAUGAUAAAGGGGAGACCAGUCAAAUCAAGGACUCAAGUCGGAGUUUUGAAAGAUCAGCUACAAGUGGUUAUUGCAGCUGAUGAUGCAGCUCGUAGAAGUAUGGUUGAUCCACGAGUUAAGCAGACAUGCUUGGCUCAAUCAUUGAUGACGAUGAUGGAAAUUUGUUUCAGGUGUCUGCAUAACGAGCCAGCAGAUAGACCUUCUUUUGAUGAUAUUCUGUGGAACUUGCAGUAUGCCGCACAAGUUCAGGAUGCAUGGCAGCAGGGAGAAUGCCCGAGUAGUGAUGGCUCUCCAAUUUCACCUUCACAACCUCCACGCCUCACCUUUUAGCAUAUUGAAAGUUACCGGGGUUCCAUAAUCCUGAGUAUCAUAUAUAUUUCUCCCUAAGUUUUUGAUUCCUUGUGGAACAGAUAAACAUAUACGCAUGAUGAUUAAAAUUAUCAAUCUGGUACCAUUUGGCUACUG